AGCCUAUCCGUGACAUUCUUCAUCUUUCUAUCAGCGGCCCCUAAGAGCAACUCCCAUCCUGGUUAGGCUGCUGGCUUUGCGAUUGACUAGUAGAUACUACAUGAGCUACUGUAUUAGGGUAUAAGUACUUAAUUUUAACGAUACCUACAUUACACCUGAUAGCUGCUAUGUUGUAAAAGAGUUUAGGAUUGGAAUAGAAGUAAUGCACUGUUCCCAAGAUCCAACGCGCUCCUUUGACCCGUUUAACAUUAUUUUAACUGGUACAACAAAUCAGGUGUGUUGGGAGUAGUAGUAACUGGAGGCUGUGCCCAGCGGUGGAUCUCUCCAACUCGUCUCAAGAGUUUUGUGGCACACAGGGGUUAUUUACUCAGAGUAAUUCUCAACUCUGACCAGGUUGCCUACAGUAUGUGCAGUGGGCUUCAGGAGCAUACAAGAGCCAUCAGGACCUAGGGUGGAGUGGAGCGCCAGGAUCACGUUGGAGAGCAAGCUGCUGUGAACGGACUUCAAGCUUAAAGCAGUGCUCGGCCUAGAGAUGGCACUUUAAAGCUGACUAUACUGCAGGAACCUGGUGAAGAACCGGCUUCCCUCAGCACCAUACACCACUCUCGAAAGGAAUAUGUCCAAUUAGCAGCUGAGGGUCAGAAGUUUCACCAUGCCAGCGUUAAAUAAAAUGCUGGUUCUCAGUGUUCUGUUGGCUUUCUUGGGCUUCACUAAAUGUCAGGAUUUACCAAGUUAUGACCUGCUGGAAGAGUUUCGCUUGGUUGAGAGCAGAGGGGUGAGGCAGGUGAAAGGCUCGGAGCCAGAGUCAGUAGCGUACCGUGUAAACCCCUCCCUGCAUCUCAGGAAGAGCCUGAGCGACGUUUACCCAAACGGUCUGCCUACUGACUACUCUGUCAUAGCCACUUUCAAGAUAACCAAGGACGAGGCAAAGGCAUCGUGGAACCUUUGGCAGGUUAGCGACCCCGAGGGCCGGGACCUGGUAGGGCUGCGUUUUAACGGUGACUCUAGAACGCUGGACUACUUCUACAGCAGCCCCAGCGAUAUACAGAUGUUGCGCACCUUUCACGGUGUGGAGAAUUUGUUUGACGGUGAGUGGCACAAACUGGCGCUCAGUGUGAAAGGAGACCAGGCAAAGCUACUGGUGGACUGUGAAGAAGUGAGCGCCGAACUGCUGGAUGAGCCGAGGCCAGUCAUCCUCCGCGGCUACACCUCCAUCGUCAAGAGAACUGCCGGCGAUCGCCCGGUCACUGUGGACCUGCAGAGGAUGCGUGUUUCCUGUGAUGCUGACCAGGCCUAUUCCGAAGGCUGUUGUGAGCUCUCGAGUGUGUGUGGAGGGCAUGCAGAAAUUGGCCUCAGUGCGAGAAGAGGCAAAGCCACAUGUAAAUGCACCCAUGGACAGCCAGGUCCACAGGGAAUUUCAGGUCCUAAGGGUCACGGAGGUCUGCCAGGAGAGACUGGAGAACCAGGGCGAAUGGGAAACUGGGGACGAAGAGGACACACCGGACAGGAUGGAAACGUGGGUGAACCCGGUCCUAAGGGCCAGCCUGGGAUCAAAGGAGAAAAGGGAAUGCGAGGACUCCGUGGCCCUGAGGGUGACAGAGGGCCUAAAGGUUUCAAAGGUUUACCAGGUGCUACAGGCCACAAGGGAGUGCGAGGGCCCCCUGGAGAGAAAGGAGAGACGGGGCUGGCAGGAGAGAGAGGAUCAGUAGGAGAUCAGGGGUACCAGGGAAUUCCUGGAUAUCAGGGAGUGAAGGGAGAUGAAGGUCCCCCUGGAAAUGAUGGACCUCGAGGACCACAGGGCCUGCAGGGUAUUGUGGGAGAUCCUGGUGAAAGAGGAGAACCUGGAGAAAAAGGAAAGCCUGGUAUACAAGGGCCUAAGGGAAGAGCUGGAGGCAUGGGAAUAAAGGGCAUUGUUGGUGAUCCAGGUUUACCUGGAAGGGACGGAGACUCUGGCAACGAGGCUUAUCAAGGAGCUCAGGGGCCUGAGGGAAAAUUCGGAAGACCUGGCGACAUGGGUGAGAAAGGCACUCAGGGGCCUCCAGGGAACAUGGGUCCUCAAGGACGUACUGGUCUGCAAGGAUAUAAAGGCUCAGCAGGAAAGCCAGGAAGACCAGGACUCAUGGGGCCUCCAGGAAGAACGGGACAUAUAGGAUUACCUGGAAAACCAGGGCCAAAGGGAAGUACUGGUAUUCCAGGAUUACAAGGUGUAAAAGGGCAAGAGGGUGAGAAAGGACAAAAAGGACAAAAGGGCAUGGUAGGAGAUAGAGGUGAGCUAGGGCCACAGGGAGGACAGGGGAAGCGUGGACCUGCUGGAGAUCCUGGCCGUAAAGGUGGUGUGGGGACCAAAGGUGUCCAAGGAGACGCAGGGCUAGAGGGAUUUCAGGGAUCUCCAGGACCACCGGGCCCAACACUCUCAGCCCAACAUGUUAUCGAGGUCUGCAAGCGUGUGGUGCUGGAACAGAUGUCCACAUUUGCCAACUCUGUGAAGCGGACAUGUGCCGCUGUGUGUCCACUGUAUGGUGAUGUGCCCAUGGGUGCCCCUGGUCCCGCAGGACAAAAGGGACCACCUGGACCACCCGGUGAUCCUGGCACUGAUGGUGUUGAUGGAGAAGUAGGGCAGCAAGGAUUCUAUGGCGAGUUUGGCGAUCCGGGCAGAAAAGGGCCACGAGGUGAUCAAGGAGAGAACGGAGACAAGGGUCCAAAAGGCUAUGGUUUAACUGGUUACACUGGAGACCAAGGACAAAAGGGUCAGCGUGGGCGACCUGGCAGAGCAUUCGAUGGACGGCCUGGUCGAAUGGGUGAGAGAGGCCAUGUUGGCCGACCCGGACUGAGGGGUCACCCUGGACUACCUGGGGUUCCUGGAGUUUGCCUGUCAUCAGGGUGUGGUCUGCUCAAUGGGAAUGCUGGUAGCACACCCCAACAAGCAUCUCCGAGCUCAUCCCGACGGACAUCACAGAGACUGCGGGCACGGCCAUAAAAUUACAGGAUGACUGCAAUUACUGUAUGCAAUUGAGUAGAGCAUGUCAACUGAUGUAAAUAGAAUUAUAACCCCUCCUCAUCAAAAAGACUGUUUUCAAUAAUAAAGAGCAGAACCAUCACAGCUACAGGACUGACUGAGGCCAAAUAAGGGAAUUUGUUUUCAAAGCAAUUUAGCUGGCUAACAACUUACUGUAAUUAUUACUAAUAAUGUAACAGGCAUUAAUGUGGGUUCUGUGUUGUUGUUAUGGAAAAUUGUCUUUGGACACAGUUUUGUUUGUGUUCUUCCAGGCAAGUGUUUUCCCAAAGAUACAGCAUCACGAGUCAGAAUCUUUUUUCUCGAGAUUGAUUUUGACCACUUCUGCUAACACUGGUUUGAGAUGAUGUCCCAUCUGCCACAUCUGGGGACAGAAACCUCCAGAACGAUUCUCACAUGCUUUUAUUCUGACCUAGUGGUGAAAAAACAACAACCUCAAACUCAUAAUUCCACAAGUUUUUCUUCCUUCUGGUCUUUCUUCUGGUCAUCAUGCCAAGCUUUACGAGCAUCCGGAUACUAUAAUUUCUAUCGGUUUACAGUUCGCAUAAGCACUCAAAGCAAAAUUCUGGAAGAAAAAAGACACUAUAGUUUCAGAAGUUUGUGCCAAAUGCUAAGUAAGCAUUUUACUAUUUUUUUCUUGCAGUUCUCUCAAAGUAAAACAUCCAACUGUCCAUCAAAUGUGGAUCGUUUGUGAAUAAGGUCACUAGAUGUCAUUUGCUCAGGCUUCUUUAGAACAAAUGUGUGACUACUAAAGUGCAUCCUUUAAAGUCUCUUUCAGCAAUUUCAGCAAGUGCCUUACGGUUAUUCGAUAACAAUAUACUUUUGUCAUUUUUACUCACAAAAAAAUAUGUUUAGUUAUUAUUUGUC